AAGGUUACUGAAUUUCACCCGGAAGUAAAAUGAGCUAGUGCGCCUUAGUCGAAAGCAGUACGGAACACGACGGACAUUAGUCGUCAUUGGUACACUAAGGAGUGGAGUACACGUUAACUUCUAAUUUGACAGUAACAUUAUGACACGCUGGGCGAGAGCCAAAAAUGUCUAUAAACACAAAUCAACAGAUGCUGCAUCAUGGAGCCAAUUAAGGGCAGGCAUAGCAGAUGGAGGGAACUCUUCAGACAGCCAUUUGCAGGAUGAUGCUUCACACAGUUACCCUGAUGGAAAGAGAGCUAAUAAAUAUAGACAACUUGAUGGGAAUGGUUUCAUGGAGUAUAUGAAACACAAGAGGCAACGAUUACCUAAAGGAUGUCGAGGAAUGGCCACAGAGGAGCAGGACAUAAGAAAAGUAGUAGCCAUAACUAUAAAAAAAAACAAAAGAAGAGAAAAUCGGAGGAUAAAGAGACAGGAUGCUACAAAGAGCAACAUGGUGUGCUUUAACUGUAGAAAGCCUGGCCAUGGAUUGGCUGACUGCCCAAAAGCUGAUGAGGAAAUGGGUAGAGGGAUCUGCUUUCGCUGUGGUUCUACAGAGCAUGAGAUCCAGCGGUGUAGAGCUAAAGUAGAUCCUGCUAUGGGUGACUAUCCAUAUGCCAAAUGCUUCAUUUGUGGGAAGACUGGUCACCUAUCCAAAUCUUGCCCGGAUAACCCAAAAGGACUUUAUGCUGCAGGUGGCUGUUGUCGAAUUUGUGGUUCAGUAGAACACUUCCAGAAGGACUGCCCAGACCAUCAGACCUCAAGAACACGUGCUGACUUGGCCUCCAAACCCCCCAGAGCGCAAUCUGAUCGAGCACUUGUGGGAUGUACUGGACAAACAAGUCCAAUCCAUGGAUGCCCCACCUCACAACUUGCCGGACUUAAAGUAUCUGCUGCCAAUGUCUUGGUACCAGAUGCCGCAGCACACCUUCAGAGGAACUUUCCACAGGAACUAGGGAGUUUUGGAGGUAUUAGCAAAUUCCAUCACACUUGGUCGUCUGUCCAACAAGAUCAGUGCUGAUCAUGAGGACAUCAGUGUUCCUGUGACACAAGUGUCACUCAAGAAAGUCAAAGUUGUGGUAUACUGAGCAGAGCCAAUCAGUCUGAAAUAUUUGUCUCUGUUUUAAGAUAAUAUCGAAGCAUUUGGGAAGAUAUAGUUCAGGUAUUAUGUACACUCAACUUCUACUUUAAUACGAAAACAUGUACCUGCAUGCAAGUAUCCAAUCUACCUAUCAUGUGGCAUGUUUCUGAAAUACUCAAGCCUAUGGAAUCCCAAACCUGCCAAAAGAAGAAAUGGAUAAAUACAUAAAUAAAUCUACAAAUAAAUGUUAUAAAUAAAUGAG